AUGAGCCACGUCCCUCGGAAGCUCGUACCAACGUUUGAAGCUACAAUUUAUUUUGCCUUCCGAAAUGUAAAUUCAACUCGAAACUAUGUAGCAUGCCGAUGCGGACGGCCGCACCACUGGGUCACCGCCGCGGGACGGCGUCCCGGUGUCACCAUUCGCUUAUCCGAGACUCUCAUUCGCUUCCCGGAACAUCCUAUCUGGUUUCUCUUAAGAAAAUCAUCAAAAGAGUCUUCAUUCGCAGUGCCAUUGCGCUGCGCAGCGUACACCAUGUCUACCUCUGCCGACACCGCUCCGGCUUCAGGCUACAAGCAGCCACCCAGCAACAUUCUCGAUGUCAUGCGCGCGCCUGCGCUGCCCACCACCGCCACAAGUCCUGCAGGUGAUCGCACCAUUCUUGUCUCGCUCGCCAAGUACCCUUCCAUCUCGCAUAUUGCAACUCCGUACUUGCGUCUUGCUGGUGUGCGUGUGGAAACCGCCAAUCACAACCGGCGCAACACAGCCGGCGGCCACGGCAUUCGCACUUUUGCCAAUAAAUUGGAGCUGGUCCAGGUCAAGGAUGGCAGUACCAUCACCAUCUCGCUACCUGCCGACGCACGCACGACUCAUCCCAUCUGGAGCGCUGAUGGGCGCCACUUUGCUUUUGAGAACAUCACCUCCAAUUCUGUGGAUCUCUGGGUCGGCGACGGAGAGACUGGUGCCGUCCGACAGGUUCCAAAUGUGCGACUGAACCCCCUACUCGAGAGUGAGCUCAAGUGGAUGCCGAAUCAGAAGCAGCUUCUUGUCAAGCUUGUUCCUGAUGGCCGGGGCCCCCCACCACCGGAGCCAGUCGUUCUAUCGGGGCCCGUCAUCCAGGAGACUGAUGGCAAGAAAGGACAGAGCAGCACCUAUGAAGCUCGCGAUACGCUCAAGAACGAGCAUGAUGAAGCCUUGUUCGAUUAUUACAUGGUUUCUCAGCUGGCCUUGGUAGACAUUGACUCACUCGCCGUCCAGCCCGUUGGUGAGGUCGAUCUCUUUCUCCACGCUGGAGCCUCGCCUAACGGAAACCAUCUCUUGGUUGUUGCGCUUCGCAAACCAUAUACCUACAAUGCUGGUUUCUGGAGGUUUCCCUCAGAUGUCAUGGUUUGGGAUCUCUCAGACAUGACAAGCAUCAAGUCCCAGACGGUUGCAUCAUUGCCUCUUUCUGAACGUGUCCCAAUUCGCGGCGUGCCUACCGGCCCACGCGACUUUUCAUGGCGUUCCAACGCACCCGCAUCCCUCAUCUGGGUAGAGGCUCUUGACGGUGGUGACUGGAAGAAUGAUGUGGAGAAGCGUGACAAAGUUAUGCUCUUGGAGGCGCCAUUUGAUAAGGCGCCACGCGAGCUCAUGAGCACGGAAAACCGAUUCAGCGGCUUCCGUUGGGGACAAGAUCCAUCAUUUGCCAUUCUGACGGAAUACGACAUCAACAUUCAGUGGGAGCGUCGCUAUAUUGUCAAUGUUGAUGACCCUCAACAGGAGCCCAAACUCAUUAUGGACAUGUCUUAUAAUGAAAGGUACAACUAUCCUGGCGAGACUGUCUACCGCAAGCUGCCGAAUGGCUUCAGUGUCAUUUAUCAAGCCAACGAUGCAAUCUUCUUCUACGACGACGGCUCCUCAAAGGAUGGAGAUCGGCCUUUCUUGGACCGUUUUGACCUCACAACCCUGAAGCCUACCAGGUUGUUCCGCAGCAGCAGAACGGCUUAUGAACAGUUCCUCAGAUUCACCGAUACUUCCGGAUCAACAUUUCUCACAGUCUACGAGUCGCCCGACGACCCUCCCAACGUCUUCCAGCAUACGCUCGGAAAGGAAAUUGAGGCUCCAGCAGGCGAGGCCGUUUUUACCACCGUAACCCGUGCUGUCACCAAGAUCCCCAACCCAACUCCUCUUCUCUCGCAGAUUCAGAAACGCGUUGUGACUUAUCAGCGCGAUGACGGAGUGCAGCUGUCAUUCAAUCUCCAUACGCCACCAGGUUAUAAGGAGGGUACGCGUUUGCCGACCAUUCUCUACGCUUACCCGCGUGACUUUGCCGACAGCUCGCAGGCCGGCCAGGUCACUGGCUCUCAGGCCAAAUUUACAAGGCUUCGCAAACACCAGUUUCUACUGCUCGCUGGUUAUGCCAUUCUUGAAAACACCACAUUCCCGAUUGUCGGCGACCCCAAGAAAGCUUACGAUACGUACUUGGAGCAGCUUGUGGCAAAUGCCAAGGCGGCUGUCGACAAGGCAGUAGAGAUGGGCGUUACGGACCCGGACCGUGUUGGUGUCACUGGACACAGCCACGGGGCUCUCAUGACGGCGAACCUGUUGGCUCAUUCAGACAUUUUCAAAACCGGCGUUGCCACGAGCGGCGCGUACAACAAGACGCUGACGCCCUUUGGAUUCCAGAAUGAGCGCCGAAGCAUAUGGGAGGCACCCGAGCCUUAUCGGAAAGCGUCGCCCUUUUUCUUUGUGGACAAGCUGGAGCACCCCAUUCUCAUCAUGCAUGGAGCGGAUGAUGCCAAUCCUGGCACGACGCCUAUGCAGUCAUCCAACUUUUACUCGGCUGUGCGCGGCAAUGGAGGCACGGCCAAGUUGGUGCUUUUGCCCCACGAGCCGCAUCAUUAUCAGGCCAGAGAGUCGCACGAGCAUGUUAUUCACGAAAUGCUGACGUGGUUUGACAAGUAUCUGAAAUACCCGACUGAGACGCAGCCCGAGGCAAAAAUUUAG